AUGAAAGAAGAAGAUGAUGAAGAAGCCCUGAAAUGGGCUUCUCUUGAGCGACUUCCUACGUAUGAACGUGCCAGGAAAGGUGUUUUGCAUGGGAUUUUAGGUGACUUUAAAGAGAUUGAUCUUCGCGACCUUGGGUUUCAAGAGAGGAAAGAUUUGUUAGACAAGUUCAUGAAGAAUGCAGAUAAAAAUGAAGAGUACUUGAAGAAGCUUAAAGCAAGAAUUGACAGAGUUUCUUUGAAUCUGCCAACAAUUGAAGUUCGAUUCGAGAAUAUCAAUGUGCAAGGAGAAGCCUAUGUUGGUAGCAGGGCUUUACCAACUAUCUUCAACUCAAUUUUCAAUACUAUAGAGGGUGUAGGCCAUUACCUUCAUAUACUGUCAAGUCAAAAGAAAAAGUUCUCGAUUCUACGAGAUUUGAGCGGAAUCAUCAAGCCAGGGAGAUUGACUCUGCUUUUAGGCCCACCAGGUUCAGGAAAAACCACCCUACUACAAGCAUUGACAGGAAAAUUUGAUUCAGAUGUAAAGUUUUCUGGGAAAGUAACAUAUAAUGGUCAUGAAAUGCAUGAGUUUGUACCCCAGAGGACCUCUGCUUAUAUUAGCCAGUAUGAUAUCCACAUACCACAAUUGACGGUUAGAGAAACAUUGGAAUUCUCUGCAAAAUGUCAAGGAGUCGGAACUGGUUAUGAGAUGCUUACAGAGCUCUUGAGAAGAGAAAAAGAGUUAAACAUUAGGCCAGAUCCUUAUAUUGAUGCCUUGAUGAAGGCAUCAGUUCUGGAAGGACAUAAGGAAGAAAUUGUUACAGACUAUGUUCUCAAGAUUUUAGGACUGGAAGUUUGUGCUGACACCAUGGUAGGAGAUGCAAUGUUGAGAGGCGUUUCUGGAGGGCAGAAGAAACGUGUUACUACAGGGGAGAUGCUGGUAGGGCCUGUGGGUGCACUUUUUAUGGACAAUAUAUCAACUGGUCUAGACAGUUCCACCACUUAUCAAAUCGUCAACUCGAUCAAGCAAUCAAUCCACAUUUUCAACAAGACUGCUAUGAUCUCUCUUCUCCAGCCUCCACCAGAAACUUUUGAGCUUUUUGAUGACAUUAUCCUUCUCUCAGAGGGGCGAAUUGUGUAUCAGGGCCCCCGUGAAUAUGUUCUUGAGUUCUUUGAAUCAAUGGGAUUUAAAUGUCCAGAGAGAAAAGGCAUUGCAGACUACUUACAGGAAGUUACAUCAAGAAAGGAUCAGAGACAAUAUUGGUUUCAUAAAGAAUUACCAUAUCGUUUUAUAUCAGUCAAUGAGUUUGCAGAAGCCUUCAACUCAUUUCACAUUGGAUUAGCCAUCCGGCACCAGCUUGCCAAUCCAUUUGACAGGUCAGAGAGUCAUCCUGCAGCUUUGACAAAAACCAGAUAUGGAGCUAGCAAAAAAGAAUUGAUGAAAGCCUGUUUAUCAAGAGAAGUUAUUUUGCUGAAAAGAAAUGCAUUCUUGCAUGUAUUCAAGAUAUUUCAGCUUGAACUUAGUGCGGUCAUUGUUGCUACUGUCUUUGUGCAAGCUAGAAAGCAUCACAGUACAAUUGAAGAUGGAACAGUCUACCUAGGCGCUCUCUUUUUUGUGCUUAACACAGUUACCUUCACUGGAUUUUUUGAGCUUCCUUUGACCAUCGAUAAGCUUCCAAUAUUUUACAAGCAAAGAGACCUCCUCUUUUAUCCAUCAUGGGCAUUCUCAUUACCAACAUCAAUUCUUGGCAUUCCUAUAUCAAUAUUUGAAGUUGCUCUUUGGGUUGCCAUAACUUACCAUAUAAUAGGAUUUAAUCCCAACGUUACAAGGAUGCUCAAACAAUAUCUUGUUCUUGUAAUGAGUGGACAGAUGUCUUAUGUACUUUUUAGAUGCAUUGCUGCAUUGGCUAGAGAUCAUACAGUUGCCAACACUACUGGAUGCCUUGCAGUGAUGUGGCUUUUAAUGUUUAGUGGAUUUAUCUUAUCACAAGAGAAUAUGCAGAAAUGGCUCAUCUGGGGUUAUUGGACAUCUCCUCUGAUGUAUGUGCAAACUGCAAUUUCAGUAAAUGAAUUCCUUGGUGGAGACUGGAAUCAAGUAAGUGCUCUUAAUGGAACAAAGGAGUCCCUGGGAAUGGCAGUCUUGAAAGCUCGUGGGGUGUUCACCAGUGCAAUUUGGUAUUGGAUUGGUCUUAUUGCAUUGGUUGGAUUUAUAUUCCUUUUUAAUGGGAUCUGUACUCUUGCUUUUGCUUACCUUGACCAAUAUGGGAAAUCCCAGGCAGUGUUUUUGUCUGAAGAAUCUGCUAAAGAGGACACUAUUAGGAGAGGAGCUGUGGCUGUUUGCAAUUAUCAGGAGAGAGGAAUGCUUCUUCCUUUCAUUCCGCUUAUUGUUACCUUUGAGAAUGUCACAUACUCAGUUGAUAUGCCAAAGGCAAUGAAAUCCCAAGGUGUCUUGGAUAAUCGAUUGGUACUUUUGAAGGGAGUGAAUGGAGCCUUUAGGCCAGGAGUGUUAACAGCCCUAAUGGGUGUUAGUGGGGCUGGUAAGACUACACUACUGGAUGUGUUAGCUGGGAGGAAAAAUAAAGGAUAUAUAGAAGGGAACAUCACUGUUUCAGGCUACCCAAAGAAACAGGAUACUUUUGCUCGAGUUACAGGAUACUGUGAACAAAAUGACAUUCACUCUCCUCUUGUCACUGUCUAUGAAUCCUUAUUAUACUCAGCAUGGCUUCGGUUGCCUCGUGAUAUUGAUACUCAGAGUAGAGAGCUUUUUGUUGAGGAGGUUAUGGAACUGAUUGAGUUGAUACCACUAAGAGAAGCAUUGGUUGGAUUUCCAAAUGUGAAUGGACUAUCCAUUGAGCAGCGCAAAAGGCUAACCAUCGCAGUUGAGCUUGUUGCAAACCCCUCAAUAAUUUUCAUGGAUGAGCCAACCUCAGGUCUUGAUGCAAGAGCAGCAGCCAUUGUGAUGAGAACCGUGAGAAAUACAGUGGACACAGGAAGAACUGUAGUAUGCACAAUUCACCAGCCAAGUAUUGACAUAUUUGAAUCCUUUGAUGAGGUCUUCCUAUUGACGCGUGGAGGUGAGGAAAUAUAUUUCGGUCCUCUAGGCCGUCACUCAGGCCAUUUGCUAAAGUAUUUUGAGGAAAUAAAUGGAGUAGGGAAAAUAAAAGAUGGUUGCAACCCCGCAACCUGGGUGUUGGAAGUGACAACACGAGCACAGGAAGAGAUUCUAGGAGUUCAAUUUGCAGACGAGUACAAGAAAUCAGAUCUCUACAGAAGAAACAAGGCCUUGAUUUCAGAGUUGUGCACACCUCCCCCUGAUUCGCAGGAUCUACAUUUCCCCACUAAGUAUGCACAAUCCUACUUCACACAGUUCAAAGCUUGCUUAUGGAAACAGCACAAAUCAUAUUGGCGGAAUACGCCUUACAAUGCAGUGCGACUUUAUUUUAGUACCGCAGUGAGCAUUAUGUUUGGAGUCUUGUUCUGGAAUCUUGGAAGCAAAAGGGGAACAAGACAGGAUGUUUUCAAUGCAAUGGGUGCCAUGUACACUGCAAUUACAUUCAUGGGAGCACAGAGUGCUGCUUCUGUGCGACCAGUUGUAAUAGCUGAAAGAACAGUUUUUUACAGAGAGAGGGGUGCUGGAAUGUACUCUGCAUUGCCUUAUGCCUUUGCACAGGUUGCGAUUGAAAUCCCAUAUACCGUGGCUCAGGUUGCCAUAUAUGGGGUUGUGGUCUAUGCAAUGAUGGGAUUUGAAUGGACAGUUUCCAAGUUCUUCUUAAACACGUUCUUCAUGUUCAUCACAGUCCUCUGCUACAUAUACUAUGGCAUCAUGGUCAUAGCUAUAAGUCCUAAUCAAGCAGCUGCUGCGGUUCUUUCAGGGGUCUUCUAUACAAUGUGGAAUCUCUUCUCAGGCUUUAUAAUUCCCCGACCGAGGAUCAUUGCAUGGUGGAGAUGGUAUGCAUGGGUGUGCCCAGUGUCAUGGAGUUUGUGGGGAAUGGCUACUUCACAGUAUGGAAACUUGCAGACCAAGUUAGAGUCAGGAGAGACAGUGGCUCAGUUAAUGGAAGACUACUUUGGGUUCAGACGAGACUGGUUAUGGAUAGUUUCUCUGGUUCUAAUAGGGUUCACUUUGCUGUUUGCUUGUGUAUUUGCUCUCUCCAUGAAAUUCUUGAACUUCCAAAAGAGAUGACAAUUUUGUUUUUUUAAAGUACACUACAGUAGAAACUCUAUUUCUUUUACUAGUUCCCGUUA